AUGUUCGCGGUAUUGUUGAUUACUGUGGUGCUUUGUUUUGUUCUUUAUCUAAAACACAGACAAAAGUAUAAGUUCGCCGACAAUUUACCCGGGUUACGACCGGUGUAUCCUAUACUCGGCAAUGGAGAUAUUAUGUUGGGAAAAAGUGAUGUGCAAAGAUUCGACACGAUGGUUAACAUAUGCCGUAAUCAUGACCGUUUAGUGAAGGUAUGGGCAGGACCACGUUUGCUGCUCUUUACCUGCCAUCCCGAUUUGAUUCAGCAGAUUCUGUCUAAUCCAGAUUGUACGGAGAAACCUUUUCUGUACAAAUUUGCAGGAUUUGGGCAAGGAUUAUUUACGGCAAAGCACAAAGUGUGGCGUGGGACGCGAAAACGGCUCAAUCCCUGCUUCAACCAGCGCAUUUUGCACGGUUUCAUACCAACGUUUGCGAACUGUGCCCGGCGGAUGGCCGAGAAAUUAAAUGAACUGUCCGAUGGUGCAACGGUCAACAUUCACAAGUAUACCACGCUUUGCACACUGGAGAUGGCCUGCGGAACUACACUCAGCAGCGACAUAUUGCAGCGCGAAGGCAAAGAGGAGUUCGUCGAGGGUCUCGAUGUUGCAUUCAACGGUGCAGCACGCCGCAUGGUUAGUGUUCACCUGUAUCCGGAUUUUGUAUAUCAGCUCACUAAGUAUUACACAGAGAUAAUACAGGCGAGAAAAGUGGUGGUCGACUUUUUCAAUCAGUUAAUUUCUGAACGAAGAAAUUUCCUGGAUUUGGAUAGACAAAACAACAACAAUGAUAACGACGAGGGUCACAAGCUGAAGUGUCUAAUAGAUGAACUGUUAAGUGUUUCUGAAAACGGAAGCACUUUCAGUGAAACACAGAUCGUAGACAACAUUUAUGCGGUUGUUACUGGAGCUAACGAUACAUCUGGUUUACUGAUAGCCCACGCUUGCUUGUUCCUAUGUUUUUACAAAGACAUCCAGGAGCAAUUGUACAGAGAAAUUAUCGAGCACAUACCGAACGAGGAAACGGACCUCUCCCCGGACGUAUUAAAGCAGAUGGUAUACUUGGAAAUGUUUCUCAAGGAAUGUCUGCGUCAUUGCCCUGUGGCUCCCAAUGUAGCGAGAGAAAAUAUGACCGAGCUUGCAAUCGACGGCGUUACGGUGCCUCCAGGCAAUAUUUUCGUUAUGAAUUUUUAUGCACUUCACCGACGAAAGGACGUCUGGGGUCCAAAUGCGGACCUGUUUGAUCCGCUUAAUUUUUCCGAAGAACGAAGCAAACAUCGGCAUCCGUUUGCAUAUCUACCGUUCAGUGGAGGCAGUCGGAUAUGCAUCGGUUGGCGUUACGCUAUGUUGAGUAUGAAGGUUAUGCUGAUUUAUUUAAUCAGGAAUUUUCAAUUUGACACGAAGAUACGGCCAGAGGAUAUGCGGUAUAGGCACGAUUUAACAAUGAAGUUACCGUUUGAUCACAUGGUGCAAAUCAUCAAACGUAAAGCAACAACAGAUUUGAAAUAA